AUGGGAAUCACUAAUGUUCUUUGCCAAGCACUGCAACAACAAUCUCAAGAUAUUCUUAAUGCAAUGCAUAUUGUUUCUACAUCAAAGUUACUUCUUCAACAAUUAAGAGAUGGUGGAUGGUGCAAUUUUCUUGUAAAUGUUAAAUAUUUUAGUGAAAAGCAUGAAAUUAAAGUUCCUAAUAUGAGUGCACAAUAUAUUUUUGGAAGAGGUCGAUCUCAUCAACCAAGUGUGACAGUUGAGCAUCAUUAUCGAAUAGAUGUAUUCUUGGCAACAAUUGACUCUCAAAUACAAGAGUUGAAUAGUAGAUUUAAUGAGCAAACAAUAGAGCUUUUGGCUUUGAGUUGUGCUUUGGAUCCUAAGGACAAUUUCAAAUCAUUUAAUAUUGAAGAAAUUAACAAGUUAGCAGAGAAGUUUUAUCCCCUUGACUUUCCUUCUAAUGAGCUAAAUAUUUUGAAAUCUCAGUUGCAACAUUAUCAGCAUGAUAUACUAAAUCAUUUGAAAGGCAUUGGUACACUUUCUGAAUUGUGCAACAAGUUGCAAGAAACAGAAAAAUCAAGAACUUAUCACAUGGUUGAUAGAUUAAUACGUCUUGUUUUGACUCUACCAGUGUCUACAGCAACAACAGAAAGAGCUUUUUCAGCAAUGAAAAUUGUUAAGACAAGACUCCGAAUAUUGGGAUUGGAAGAGAAGAAAAAGUUGCCGGAUGAGAGAGGUGAGAUGGAGGAAGGAGGCGAGACCCGAUCCGUGAGCACAAAUGCGGUGGAUCCGGCGUGGCGACGGUGA